AAAGAGGAGAAUCUGGAGAAUCCAUAUUUGAAAAAAUUUCCUCAAUCGGAUGUAAAAUAGUCUCGUACUAGGCAAAACAAAGAGUGACAAAAUUUCUCCGACAGAAUUAGGGAAAUCUACUAUACCCUAACAUCAUUACGAUCAUUUUGUCAUCACACUUGGUAGUUCUUUUACAUUUUGAAAGAGUUUUUGCGGUUAGAAGUGUAUUAUCAUUGUAGUUUUGGAGAAGAAUAAGCAUGAAUCAUCAAGUUUUCAAUUAAGUAACGAGAAAAGUAAAAGAAAACUAGCACCUGAUUUACUUAAAAUACAGUAGUUGGUUUUAUCUUGGUUGAAUUGUUACUGUCACUGAACCUCUAUAACAUGUUUCAACGUGGCAAGAGAAAAUUUUAGGCUUUUACGUUGUUGAUCGUUAGACUUUCAUCAGUCUUGAACACAUUUCUUGACUUUUAGGUUUCAUUUGUCACAGAUAACACAGAGGAAAUCCAAAGCAGUGUUUAGACAUUCUCAAUAAGUCAUAUUAGGAAACUAUUCUUUCCGAUUGAAGAGGCCUAUCGAACUGCUUUUAUUGUAUGUUGAGGACCAAAAUUUACAUUUGGAAAACUGACAUCUAAAUGAAUGAAAGUUAAUCACUGAUAGGACUAUAAUGUUAUGAGAGUAAACUUUCAAGGAAAUUAUUGCCAUAAAAUGCAACUAGACUGCUUUAACUGCUAUAAAUAUGUUGUAAGUUUAAGAUCGUUUAAUUGUUGUAGCUAAAUGAAUGGUUGUUUACAAAAGCUUCAAGAACUGCUUGACAAAUAGAGAAUGUAGGUUGAUGAGAAUCUGUGCAUCGGAUACUUAUCCACGGCCUAAACAUGAAUCCCACAUAAUUAUGAGGGCCGACAAAGUAGAAAAGAUAAAAUUCACAUGUUUAACCUAAAAAAAUGAGCGAUAAUAUGCCGAAGUAUUUGAUUCAUCUAUGAGUCUGCUGAUGAUUUUAUCCAUUUUACAGGGUCUCCAAUUCAUCAUAUAAGUCUAAUGCAGUAAAGCCUUAUUAUUGACGUAUAAAGAGUACUGUGAUGUAGAUAGAACCAGCAAUAUCAGGAAAGAUUUUGGAUUGGGAUAAUAAAAAAUGUCCAUCGGUACUUUUGAUGAGCUGUUUGGAGCAUGCAGAAUAUAAUGAAGAAUAUUUCUUAUGUUCUGUUUUAUUGUACGAUUUUCUCUGAAAAAUAUCGAAAAAUAAUAUAAGUUCAAUUGGACUAUUCUCGAAAGACAAUUCAUUUUUCGCUCUUGUUUUCGUUUUAUGACCUUUUAGAAACAACUACGAUUAUUCCAACUAUUAUAGCAGCUGCUCAGAAAGUAGAAGAUGUUUGUGCAUUCAUCAUGAGACCAUGUAUUUGGCGUUGUAAUCGUGGAAUUGAAGUUUAUCGUUCAGUGGCCAACAGCAAUCAUUCAAAACUAAUGUGUCCUUGUCCCCCAGCUUACUAUGGGAAGUUCUGCCAAUAUCAAAAUCAACGUGUUAGUCUUACCGUACAAAUAAAAGUAUCAUUCGAAUAG